AUGACCGGCCGACUACCCUUUUUAAGUCCUUGCGACAAACAAACGUCAUCGGAAGAACGUCGGCGAAGGUUAAUGGCUCAAAUAAACCGCGGCUUAACGGCCCUACAAGUGAAAAACAUGUCGAGGAUGUCGAAUGAUUGCAAGAAUCUGAUUAACAAAUUGCUCACACCCGUUCCGCAUAAAAGGAUUACGAUCCAAGAACUUUGCCAUCAUCCUUGGAUCGCCUGCAAGCUUAGGAAUGUUUCAAGAAUCACCAGUGAGACCGAUUUGGAUGUGACCGAUCAUAAGACCAUCAUCGCUGAGAUAUCCAAGAUGACUCACCUGGAUCGGAACACCAUCGAGAUGGAAAUUAUUCGACGAAAGUACGGCGAAAUAGGCGGCAUGUACAAUAUCAAAUCACACAAAGUACGUCAAGUUGCUGCUUUGUACGCACGUCAUACAGGAUCGUUAUCAUUGUUGAGAUAUAUUCCACAACACGUGAAACAAUCGUACCCAGCAACAACCUCGAUGAGAACCGCAGCCGGUGAAACGACAUAUAAACCACCAUCGAGAUAUUCACCGUAUGCCAAGGCCGACGAAAAAUCAACCGGAUAUGUUGCUAUUUCUCCUUUAAAAGAGAAUAAAAAAUAUUGGGACAGCAAAAGCGCAUCUUACGGGGAGGUGAAGAAUUCUUGGAAAGUUCAAAAAACUUCGAAUACUUCCUGUACCGUUUGCAAAAUUUUACCCUCGACGAAUAUUCAGCAACCGCAAGUUUUGAAGAAGAACACGAACGACGAACACGCAGUAACCGUGAUCAAGAAUUCGGACAAAAGUAACGAACAGAAGCAAACGAGCAGAUUGGUCGUUCCUCAAACGAAUAUUCGUUUAUUGCCAACUUUCUCGAGAAGUUCUUUUUCACAAGCAUCUUUCGGUUGUCCUCAAUUCGAAAUGGUCCAUCGUAAUCCCAUCAAAAGAUGGUCCGAAAUAUGUGAGAAGAGAGAAACCGUUCGACAACAAAGACGUUCGACUCAUUCCGUAACCCAAACUGAAUCAAAUGCGAUUUCGUCAACGUCUUCGGUAAUCAAAACCCGACCGCGAACAUUAGAAUCCAGCACGUUAAAUCGAAAUACUUUGAAUCGUAAAUUCGUUUUGGAAAAAGUAGAGUCGAAAAAAGAAAUCGACAAAAUUGUACCUUUUUCGAAGUCUUCAAUAUCUGUUAAGAAAAAAAUCAUAUCUGCUUGUGAUAAUAUCUCGCCUAAACAUUUUUUGCAAACAAAUACUUCUAACAGAAGUAUAGUUAAGAUAAAUGAAAAAGUUAAAUAA